AUGAAUUUCUGGUCACCCCCUGAGACGAUUACUGCAACAGCUCUGUGUACUGUCCCGAAGGAUCAGCAUGCUCAAAAGGAAACAGACUGGAUCUCAGGGGCUGGUGUCCGCCCACCAAUCUUUCUGGAAGGACCAACAACCGAUACCAACGGCAAUCUCUUCGUCGUGGAUGUACCGUACGGGCGAAUACUGAAAUACACUCUCGCAACAGAAGAUUGGUCCAUCUUGGCUGACUGGAGUGGGGAGCCUAACGGGCUGGCCGUCAGGGGAGAUGGCAUGAUCGUCAUAGCGGACUACAAAGAAGGUCUACUCCUGUGUGACCCUUCUACCGGUGACAUCACUCCCCUGCUCCUAAGACGGAAUUUAGAAAGGUUCAAAGGGGUCAACGAUCUUGUAGUCUCAUCCAGAGGCGAGAUCUACUUCACCGAUCAAGGACAAACAGGAAUGACAGAUCAAACAGGAAAGGUAUAUCGUCUGCAUCCUGAUGGCAAGCUGGAUUGCCUCAUCGAGAAUGGUGCCAGUCCUAACGGACUCGUACUUACACAUGAUGAGAAAUUCCUAUACGUUGCGAUGACGAGAGAAAACAGUGUUUGGCGAUGUCCUCUGCACAAGGAUGGAGGGACAUCCAAAGUCUCCAAGUUCUUCCAAUCAUUCGGCAUUGCAGGCCCAGAUGGUCUGACCGUUGACACUGAAGGCAACUUGUUCAUCUGUCACCCGUCUUUGAUAUCGAUCUUUGUGGUCAGUAAACAUGGGCUGCCUGUAGCACGAAUCAUACCGCCGGAAGGUCACGGGACCAGCGUAACCAACUGUAUAUUUGGAAGCACACCGUCAGAUAGGAAGAGGCUAUACUUUACAGAUUCCACAGCUGGACGGAUCUGCUAUGUUGACUGGAAGCACGAGGGAGCGACUCCGCUGAGAGCGACUAGAGCUUAG